AUAUAAAAUAACCAAUAUAGCCAUGAAUUUAAAUGACUCAAUAAGUUGAAUUCGCUUUGGCAUAUGUUGGUAGAAAAUCGAUAAACUCAGUGUUAUUGCCAGUGGCUUAACAAUAAUAGCUACAUUGAGACGCUUGUGAGACCCACGGCCACCUGUAGAGAUGUAUUUCCUUCCAAUAGGAUGCUGAUAUUGCUGUAAACAUGGAGAUCCUUCUUUGAAAAAAAAUGUGCCUUUUGACAGAAUUGUUCUUUUUCUGUAGCAAUGAUACCACCGAAUAUAGUGAGGAGAAUGGUAAUAGAGAUUCACUUACAGAAGAUCAGGUUGCAGAGUUCAGAGAAGCUUUUGCUCUCUUCGACAAGAACGGCGAUGGACAAAUAUCUGUGGGAGAGCUUGGUAUAGUGAUUCGGUCACUUGGACAGAACCCUACUGAUAAGGACCUGCGUCAGAUGAUAAAUGACGUCGAUGCUGACAGUAGUGGUACUAUAGACUUUUCCGAGUUCCUGGACAUGAUGGCCCGUAAGAUGAAGGAUACGGAUUCUGACGAGGAACUCAAGGAAGCCUUCAAGGUGUUCGAUGAGGACGGGGACGGAAGUAUCAGCGCGGCGGAGCUCCGGCAUGUUAUGCUGAACCUCGGGGAGAAGAUGAGUGACGAGGAGGUGACUGAUAUGAUCAGGGAGGCCGAUCUGGAUGGUGACGGCCAGAUUGAUUAUCAAGAAUUUGUCAGUAUGAUGACGGGAAAGUUAAAAUAGUGUUGUGGAAACCUGCACUCGGGAUCGGAGGUGUCAACUCCAAUGCUCAUACUAGAAAUACUGAGGAUUACAAAACUCGUUUUACUCGAAAAUUGAUAUCAGUCUUUGUUGCCAGAUUCGUAUGGCUUUUUAAAGUUCGACGAUAUGGAACGCGAGUGCCAACCUAGGAGUGUUAUUUAGACGUUGAUCCUCGGAGGUUUGACAUUUGUAAGAUCGAGGGAAACACUGCAGCAAUGUUUUCUCGGAUAUUGAGUGAAAUUCAAUAGGCUAUACCGCUCUCCCCUCCGUGUAUUUUCGUGGGCUUACUGACCAUUAGAAUAGUCGACAAUACUCGUGGGUUGCCUUUACUGUUGCCUCUAGUUUACCUUGUUGCAAUUGACAGGGCGACAGGGAUAUUCAUUGAGACGCGUUUGAAAGAAAAUACCAUUAAUGAGACAAAAUCAAAAUGUCGUCAAUGCGAAUACGUAUGCACCCGACCGGACUGCGCCCGGAAUCUGACUGGAAAGUGUUGCUUGUUCAUAAUGUAUGCAUUUCACAAUUGAAGAAAGAAAACCUCUGUAGACUGA